CGACGAAGAUCAUCAGUACUUUAAACACAAAUAGCGGUUCCUUCUUUGUUAGAAUCCUCUUCAAUAUCUCCAACCGUUGAUUAGGGAUUUGUUAACGCUGCUUCAACUUUCUAUACGGCCAAAUAUAUUUGGGUGCUUUUAAGGUUGAAUACUGCUACUAUGUCUAGUUCGUCGGAAUACUCGGAAUUUUCCGGCCAGAAGCCGGCGAGGUCACCGGAAAAAUCGAGCUUCUCUCAGACUUGCAGUUUGUUGAGUCAAUACAUCAAAGAAAAGGGCAACUUUGGAGAUCUUACCCUCGGUAUCACAUGCAACACCGAACCAAGUGGGUCACCUGAAACAUCGUGUCAGUCUGCAACAACUAUGAACCUAUUUCCUACCAAAGAAAACAACGUUGCACCAAAAAGCCUCACACUCACUGGCACAGCCAUGGGUUUGCUCUCUCCACAAGGUGCUUAUCGUGCCAAUCUUCCCUCUGAAGAAAUUCCAAACUUGAUCAAUUCCAGUGCAGUUAAGUCUGUGAGCAAGGGCCUGAAAACUGCACAAUUGACAAUCUUCUAUAAUGGUCAAGUUGUUGUGCUCGAUGAUUGUCCUGCUGAGAAGGCGAACGAGCUCAUGGCUUUUGCCAAGAAAGGAGUCUCUCAAACCCAGAACAACUCUGUCUACACCUACACUCAGAGCCAGCCUUCAUUUCCUCCUAAUUUGGCCAGAACAUCUGCUGCUGAUUCGAGUGCUCAAGCCUUUCCUAACGUGAAUAUUGUUGCAAGUUCCGGUAGCAGUUCGAUCCACGAGCACUCAAAACCUCAGUCCAGACCUGUUGUUUGUGAUCUACCAAUUGCAAGAAAAGCUUCGCUUCAUCGGUUCCUGGAGAAGAGAAAGGAUAGAAUUGCAUCAAAGGGUCCAUAUCAAGCAGCAAAUCCCAUUGGGAGCGCUAACAAGCCAGCUGAAUCCAUGUCAUGGCUUGAGUUGGGUGCUAAAUCUCAAGAAUGAUUGCAACUAUAUAUAUAGUAUUAUAAACUUUGUGCCUUUUUUUGGGGGUUGUGUACCCAUUGUUAAAAUCUUUUUUGGGCUAUAGGGUUAGCCUUUCUGUCUGUCUGUCCAUCUUAAUUUUGGGCUCUGUUGCUGGGGCUUAUAUCAUAGAUCUAACUAUACCUUAGUUUUGUUAGAUGUGAAAAUGGAUCAUCUUAAUUUUUCUCCGUUGAUGUUCUUAAGAAAAGGUUAAGAUGAUUCAUUUCGUGUUACCUGUUCUAAUUAUUGUUAAGAUUCUAAAUUUCUUCUUAUUACCUUUAA